UUUUAAGGGUGUAAAUGGAGGAUUCUAACUUAUCGGAGUUUGGAAUUGUAGGAUUAGGCGUAAUGGCCUCCGCAUACGCCAGGAAUUUGUACUCUAGAGGCUUCAGAGUCUCUGUUUGGACUAGAAGCCGAAAGGAAAUCGAUAACUUUAAUGAAAAAUUGAAUCAACAACCUAAAUCAAGUGGUCUGGUCCCAGAUUCUAUUAAUUUGACUAACGUUAAAUGUUAUAUGGAUCUUGACGAAUUUGUUUCAAGUUUAAAGACUCCAAAAAUGAUUCUUAUGUUGAUUACAGCCGGGGAAGCUGUUGAUUCCGUGCUGGAUAAACUGAUUCUUCUUCUAGAUAAGCAUGAUAUGGUGAUUGAUGGCGGGAAUGAGUGGUACAAAAACACGGAAAGAAGGAUUUUGAGAUGUAAGCAGAGUGGAAUUCGCUAUUCCGGAAUGGGAAUUAGUGGAGGAGAACGAGGCGCUUUGACACACCCCUGUUUAAUGUUUGGGGGAAAUUUGGAGGAUUAUAACGAACUUAAGCGAAUAUUGUCACAAGUCGAUACAGAUUUUUACGUUGGACCUGGCUCCUCAGGCCAUUACGUAAAAAUGGUCCACAACGGCAUGGAAUACGCCCUAAUGCAAGUAAUUUCAGAAUUAUACAAGCUGAUGAAGUGUGAAAACAUGAUGAGUAAUUCAGAUAUUGCUUCAGUAUUUAAUGCCUGGCACUCUGAAAAUUAUUCGUAUUUGCUCCAAAUUACACAGAUGAUAUUACAAGUUAAAGAAGGAAAUGAACACUUGCUGGACAAAAUUUUGCCGUGUGUUUCCUCAAAUGGAACAGGAAAAUGGACUGUUCAGGACGCAUUUGACAGAGCGGUCCCAGUGCCUUCCAUAGCAAUUUCUGUAGACAUGAGGUGUUUCAGUAAUUUAUCACAACAUUCAAACAUCCCUAACACUAAUAAUGUUGGUGAAAGGGUUGAAAAAUAUAAAAUUGAUGAGUUAAAAUUAACAUAUAUUUGUACUGCAAUAAGCAUUUUCUCUCAAGGAUUUCACCUCGUCAGCGAAGCUUCGAGAGAGUUUGGAUGGGACCUGAACCUGAGUAGAUUAGCUAAUAUAUGGUCAAAAAAUGCAAUAAUCAGCUGCGAUUUGCUAAAUGAAAUCUCAAAAUCAUUCAAAGAAACUGAUCGAAUGUUGCCAUUUCACUCAAAGUUUAACGGAAUAUUAAAAGAUAGCAUGAAAACUUGGAAAGAUGUUGUAAAAAGGUGUUUGGAAAAUGAUAUUCCAGUACCAGGAAUCGCAACCAGCUUACAAUAUAUACAAAUUCUGUUCAAUAAACAUGAAGGAUACAAUUUAAUACAAGCACAAAGAGAUUGUUUUGGAUCGCAUACUUUCAGAAGAGUAGAUAUGCUAGGAAAUCACCAUUAUAAUUGGUGGAAUAAUGAGUAAUAAUUCUAUCCUGCUAUGGGGGAUAAUAAUCUGUUUUAUUUUAUUAUACAAA